CUGCUCUCCGCUCAACAACGACUAUUGAAUAUUGAAGACUGUUGAUAAUUGGAUACUUGGGCUUGAAGACCAGCCACAGCGGUCUAUCUCCCUGUAUCUUCGCCGGAUACACGGUGAACCCUGAAUAUCGUAGCCAGGCAGCGAAGAGCCUUGCCCAGGUCAAUUUCCAACGCCAUUCAAGUUCAAACGGGCCGCUGAACGAAUGUUCAGCUAUUUUCCCCAAGCCUUCGCUACCGAUGUUUUCUCGCUGGCAAGUACAACUUCGCCUUUCCUUAAUCGUGGUAGGCAACGGACUGAGCGGACCGAAUGAAGCGCUUUGCGGCCCGCCUUGAGCUAUGUAUCACCGCCCUACAAUCCUGCGUUCCAGCCAUCACCGAUGUUUUCUCGUUUGGGUUGAACGGAACACCCGAGGCGCUUUGCGGUCCGCUCCCCGGCGCUGGUCCUGUGGCUGAUGGACAGCAGGCGAAGCGGUUGAUUUAGUGUGAGCAAGGUUCCACGUUAUGCAACACGGAGGUUAAAACGCGUUAAAUUAACGUUUAUGAAUCUUUUCUGCGAAAUAGACUCAAUUCUCCGAAGAUACAUGUGAAGCUCAUCCACUUGACCGAGCACAAAAUAUAGAACAUGCUUCCUUUACACCCGUUCACAUGUCAAAGUCGCUCAGAAAAUCUUUCCAUCCUUCGGGGUUGGAAAUGGAAACGGCUUGGCUUUUUACUUGUGCCAACAUGCCUUAGGUUUAUCCGAGCCGGUAUAAAGUCUGCUCUGAAUCCAGAAAUUCACUCCAGCGGCCCUCUAGUUGACACACAACAACACCUCGAAAACUCAUCGACAAGAUGUUCUCUAAACUUGCAGUCUUUAUCGCAUUGGCAGCGGCUUUCGUCCGCGCCGCUCCGUCUGCCACUACCGGUGACGCAGAGGAAUUGGCUCCCCGUGCCGCCAGCUGCACCUUCCCAUCGCCACCAAGGACCUCCAGUUUGAGUGCGGCUAUGACCAUUUCCGGUACAUUCGAUGGUGGCAACGUUCGUUUCGAUCGUGGUUCUGGAGCUUGCCAAGGCCAAACGGAAGGAGGUGACAAGGAUGCUGUCUUCAUUCUCAACAGCGGUGCUACUCUCCAAAACGUAGUCAUCGGUGCAAACCAAGCUGAAGGUGUUCACUGCCUCGGUCCCUGCACCCUUCGCAACGUCUGGUUCGAAGAUGUUUGUGAGGACGCUAUUACUAUCAAGCAGAGCAGUGGAACAUCCACCAUCACUGGUGGUGGUGCCAGAAACGCCGACGACAAGAUUGUUCAGCACAACGGUGGAGGAAAUGUCGUGAUUGACUCGUACUGCGCACAGACAUUCGGCAAGUUGUACCGUUCAUGUGGUAACUGCUCGAGGCACGUCGUAUUCUUUCUCAACUCUGCGUUAAGAAUUCACGUAGCGUUCCUUCUUUUCAAAACCUUCAGUCAAACCAAACGAACGGUCACGAUCUCCAAUGUCAGCGCAAGCGGAGGAGGGACGCUCGCCGGAGUUAAUUCCAACUAUGGUGAUGUAGCUACCAUCAAGACUUCGACCAUCACGACCGGAGGCGUGAAAUCCAUUUGUGACACCUACGAAGGUAACGACAAUGGCGACGAGCCCGAAAAACUGACCUCGAACCAGAAGAAUGCAAACUGCGUAUUCUGAUCGUGCGGUAUAUUCACUAGCCAUCUACUGUUAUGUACUGAAGAACCUGUAUUCUUAUUCUUUGCCAUUAUGGAAUGUCUCGGGC